AUGGCCGAGCCCGCAGAAUCCCCGCCCACCUUCCAAGAUGUCCUGGGCUGCCAGGCCGCCAUCUUCGAAUGGGCCGAGAGCUACGACACCAAGGACUGGGACCGCCUGGCCAAGUGCAUCGCGCCGACGCUGUUUAUUGACUACACGACCGUCAUGGACAAGGUGUGGGAGGACAUGCCGGCGCCCGAGUUCCUGGCCAUGGCGUCGAGCGAGCACUUCCUCGGCAACAAGCGCAUCAAGACGCAGCACCUCAUCGGCGCCGGCCGGUGGGUGCAGACGGGCGCCGACACCAUCACGGGCUACCACCAGAUGCGCGUCGCGCACCAGAAGUACAAGGACGACGGUCUCACCGAGGUCCUCUACAAGGGCCACGCCCACGGCAAGGCGACCGUGCGCUACCGCCGCGUCGCCGGCGUGUGGAAGUUUGCCGGCCUGACCCCGGACAUCCGCUGGGCCGAGCACGACUACGACAAGAUUUUCACUGAGGACUAG